AUGGGCACCGACGAUGUCCUCCUAUCACCAUCUAAAGAUCACGGCAAGUCAAAAGCCGAUUCCUCCAGUUCUCCUAGAUCUGAGAUGACGAAAUCAGACCUUUCUAAUCCCUUUUUCACCCAUCACUCAGAUCAUCCAGGCCUAGUCCUAGUCUCUAAGCCCCUGAAUGGAGACAAUUACGCGGGAUGGAAAAAGGCUAUGACCCUAGCCCUGAAUUCUAAGAACAAGCUUGGUUUUGUGAACGGCACAAUAAAGGCUCCCUCAGAAGAAACAGACCCAGAAGGUUAUGCGACUUGGUCGCGUUGUAAUGAUAUGUUCCAUUCUUGGAUCAUCAACACCAUUGAUUCAGAAAUCACCGACAGUGUCAUCUAUUAUCCUACUGCUCACGAAGUAUGGGAAGACCUCCGUGAGCGAUUCUUCCAAGGUAGUGCUCCGCGUAUCUUCGAAAUUCAGCGAGAAAUCGCUUGUCUUCGUCAAGAACAGUUGUCAGUUUCAGCUUAUUAUACAAAAUUGAAAGGAUUGUGGGAUGAACUAGCUUCCUAUUCAGAGACAUCUCGAGGAGCACAAGCAGAGCAAUAA